UAGUUUGGAAAAUGAAGCGAUGCUGUGUUUGUGUGGUUUAGUUGUACUACGAAACAAAACCAGUUUCACCUUUUCAGAUACACUCACAAUAAGUUAGCUGUUCACGAUGGAAACCAAUUAUCCCAUGUUGAUUUUGACGUUACUGCUUGCGUCUUCGUCGCUUACCAACGCCAACUACCACAACAUAACCCUUCACAACUUGACCCACGUGACUGAUGGGUCAUUCUUCGAUCCAACGGUUCUGAAGCUGCGAAACCAAUUGCUUUACAUAUCGUACCCCAAGGUCAACGCGGAUUACAGGAUAAAGCUUGAAUCUACGGCAAUCAACGGCACUUGCGAGAUCACGAUACCGGUGCCACGGAAACGCGAAUUACUUUCGCCUAGAGCAACUAUUCUGGGCAAUGAGAAACUCGUCGUUGCUUUCGUCGAAGCCGCUGAGGAAGGUCUCAGACCAUUCAUAAGGUUCCACAUUCUGGAUCCUCUAAAAGGCUGUUCUCCUUACACCAACUUCUCUGUGGUCUUCGAUGAUGCGAUACUCUGGUCGUAUGAUCCGUUUACCUUGAUUGCGUAUCAAGACACCUUUGACGUAUUCGCCAAGAGCUUUAUGCACUGCCAACCAAAAGGUGGUCUCUGCAUAAUCAGAUACAACGACAAAGGCGACACUCUGGGCAGCCUAAACUUGAACUUCACCACCGACAACAGCAACGUCGACCUCAUCAAGGUUCAUCCUCUGCAAGAAUUGUCCUCCACCGAGGGUUACCUCGUUGUAUCCAAGCAAACCUCCAAUCUCACGAUCGUUGACCGUAACCUCAAAGUCUUACGACACCUUACCUUACACGGAUUCAUUACCGCGCACUCGGUGCUAAACGGCGUCAUAAGCGUCUGCUACCACGUAGAGGAUGUCGAGCCUCAUGGCCAGUGUCUGAAGCUGGACUCGAGACUCAAAACUGUGGCCAACGUCUCGCUCAGCAACUCCCACUACUUCGUCAGUAAAAGGCUGUACAACCUUGCCGAUGGUAGCUCCCUCUUCGUCUCAGUGUCGAGAAGCAAGGUUAGGACGCUCGUGAGGAGGCUCAGUGUUGAUGGGAGGAUCAGUCUACCAGAACUGUAUCUUUACCAGUGCGACACCUUCGUCACCGAUACACAGGAUCGGUUCAUCGAACUCAAGGGAGGCGAUUACUGCUUCAGCUUCGUCUGGUCGGGAUUGGAGAUAAACAAGAUGGACCAGCAGUAUUGCCUCCGCUGGAACAAUCAUCCGGCCAACCUCACCGACGUCCUGAGCUCGCUCCUGGCGCGUGAAGCACUCUGCGAUGUUACCCUGGCCUGUGUCGGCGAGACUUUCAAGGCCCACCAGACGAUACUGUCAGCCUGCAGUCCGUACUUCGAGAACAUCUUCCUACAAAACACCCAUCCACACCCAAUCAUCUUCCUCAAGGAUGUUAACGACACCGAGAUGAAGGCCCUGCUACAUUUUAUGUACAAGGGCGAGGUCAAUGUGAGUCAGCAUCUGCUGCCUAUGUUCCUGAAGACAGCCGAGGCGCUGCAGAUCCGAGGACUCACAGAUAAUAACAGUGUAAAUAACAAAGGAGACGACAAGAGCCCAAGCCCCGAGCCUGAGUCCCAGGCUAGUGUCAGGCAUUCGGACUCACCCAGCAUACAGAGCCAUCCUGAAAAGAGGAAACGAAAGGCCUCUGGCAACUACGACGUUUCGUUCACAGGCCCAUCAGAAAGAUUCCUCUCCGAUUCUCAGGCAUCGUCUCAAUGUAGUUACAAAUCAAGUCCAACAGUUCCAAAGUCAAAUAAUGCACUGGGAGGUGAUCUGGACGAUGGUGGUCGAUCCAUUUCUCCAUCGUCUCAAUCGCAGGCUCCAAUAAAACAAGAGCUUGACCAUCACAUGUCAGAUUUCCACGAUAAUAUCUCUCUCCCAGGGCAUCCCGUCAGUCUGCUGAGCGAAGAUAGUGGCCCGACGACGGGGCCGCUCAACGACAACGUACCGAGCAUCGAAUCUUCCGAGCAUCACAAUCCACCAGAAAUGCUCGAUGGACUCGAUGAGCUGAAAAAUUGGCGGAUAUCACAGAUAUUUGUGAGACAGAGUAACACGGACGAGAGGAGACGGUGUUCGUUGUGCGGUAAGGUCGUUACCAAUGUGCGCAAUCACUAUUACGUGCACUAUCCCGGGAAGUACGCCUGUUCGCUCUGCCCGGCCGUGUACACGCGCAGCGACACGCUGCUCACGCACACGCGCAUGAAGCACGCGAACGCCCAGUAAAUUGGCAGCAAAACUGACUGCGAGAAAGAGAGAGAGAGAAAGAAAGAGAGAGAACUGACAGUCGCCAUUUUAUUCGUCGUUCGUUCGUCAAAAUGGCGACUAUCGUCGUCGUUGACUCUCUCGGGAGACUGACGGAGCUUUCGGCUAGUCGUCCUCGAGUUUGCUUAUAAGCUGUGAUCUCGUACGGGAGACGAGUUAUGCCGCGUUAUAUUUAUUCUUGUCUCUAAUUCUGCAAACUAUUGGACAGGGUACUUUUAUUGUUAUACGUUUUGGUAAUGUAAGUUGUUGAUUUUUGUUCUCUUAAGGUUAACGGCUAUAUUGAAAAAGACCUUUCUAAAUUUUAGACACUGUCGGUGUAUCGGGCAACGAUUAUAAAAUUUUAGUUAUAGUAUUUAAACUCAGUUUUAACUAAUUUCAAAAGAUAAAAAUUGAGUCGAUCUCAUCUCACUACUCUGUGUUAUGUUGUUUCUGCCAAACAAGCCAACGACGACUGGACGAACUUCUCGACGCUCCUGGGAAAGUGAAUUUUCUGUUAUAAAGUUACUAAAAAUUGUUCUAUAUUUAAGAACGCUGAAUUAUUAAUACGUGGUAAUGUGAUGAAACAAAAGAGUAGAUAUACCGGGUCGGGUCAUCUGUUGAAAAAAAUUUCGAAACUUCGGACACCGUCUACCACUUCGAUCUUUUGUACAUACACAUGAUUUUUAAUGCAUAAUUUACCGCUUGAUGUGUUCACAUUAACGAAGCUGUUGAUAUACGAUGACAUUUCACAGUUAAUCAAAGGAAUUCAUCAGGCCAGAGAGUACAAACGAACGAAACUGAACUCAUACACAUUGUCAAGUGAUCUACGAUUCGAAAAUCGAUCCGACUGUUUCGCUUAGUGAAUAUUACUUACCAUGCAUAGGCUUACGUUGUGUAUUUAAUCGAAUUACCGUUUAACAAUCUCGAAAAUGACGCUACAACAUUGUGCUUGCGUCUAGUUUCUAACAUAUCUUUAUUCCAAAGCAUGACUCGCGAUCAUUCCGUAUUUACUAAUUCCUCUUAUCCGCGCAAUUGCUUCGUUUGGUUUCGCAAAAAUUAAUCUCGCCGCGACGAGCCGAUAGCAAAAAACGAGCAUUUAUAUAGAAUCACGCAGUAUUUUUUACAUUCUCGUGAACACAAAGAAAAAA